AUGGUCAUCGCGGGCCCCUGCAAAAUCGGUCCACUAGCCGCGGCCCUUCUCAAUAGCACCUUCAUUCAAGGUUUCGAACUGGACGACUACCACCGCUCUGCCCCGAUCCACUCCAGCUCCAUCAUCCUCCCAACUCUGUUGGCGGCCCUCGAGCACCGACCCAACCACGGCGGGAAUGCGGCCCCCAUCCCCCGUGACGGAGCCGCCUUCCUUCUCGCCGCAAUCGUGGGCUACGAGAUCGGCCCCCGCAUCGGGCUGGGCGUCUACGGCGGCGACGUGCUCUCGCGCGGCUGGCACUCGGGCGCGAUUUUCGGCCCGGGCGCCGCGGCGGCCGCGGUGAGUAAGUUGUUUGGGGCGAGUGUUGACUCUGUCGAGGAUGCCGUGGGCAUCGCCUGCACGCAGGCCGGCGGGCUGAUGGCGGCACAGUACGAGAGCACCGUCAAGCGCAUGCAGCACGGGUUCGCAGCGCGCAACGGGCUCUUCGCGGCGCUGCUGGCGCGGAGCGGCUACGCGGGCAUCAAGGAUGUACUCGACCGGCCCUAUGGAGGAUUUCUGAGCACGUUCAGCCAGGGGAACGGGCGGGAGCCGGCGUACCAGCCGGACGCGGUGGUGCGUGGACUGGGGAUGAGCUGGGAGAUGGACCAGAUCCUGGUCAAGCCGUAUGCCUCAAUGGCGGCGACGCAUGGGACGAUUGAUUGCGUUGUGACGCUGCAGAAGAAGUACCCUCCGGAGCUGCUGCGGGACGUGAGCAAGAUCCGGCGGAUUACGGUGGAGAUGUCCGGGAUCGCUUUCAAGAAGGGCGGGUGGGCGCCUCAGCGGCCGUUGACGGCGACGGGGGCCCAGAUGAGCUGCGCGUAUGCGGCGGCGAUGCAGCUGCUGGAAGGGGAGGUGCAACCGGCACAGUUCUCCGCGGCGCAGCUGAAGCGGGAGGAUGUGUGGGAGCUGAUGGGCAAGAUUCAUUGCGUGCACAAUGCGGACUGGGAUGGCGAUGUGAAGUCCGCGUGGCAGCAGCGGAUUCGAUUGGAGACCAACGACGGCAAUGGUGAGACGCAGGUCCUCACUGAGCUGGUGGCGGCCCCGCGGGGAAAUCUUGUCCCCCUCUCCAACGAGGAGAUUCUGGCGAAAUGGCGAAGGUUGACGCACAGGGUGAUCAGCCCUGAACGGGCUGAUGCAAUUGAGCGGUUAGUCUUGAGCCUAGAGGCGGUGGACGACGUGAGCCAACUCGCUCAGUUACUUGCGGGACGAACUGAAAACGUGGUAGAUGUGGAGGCCGCAUGA